AUGCUUCGUCCUUCGCCCAUUCUUCCUAAGAUGGACUUGACCCCACAAUCCGCUCGUUCGCCAUCCUCACCAUACCGGUACACCUCUAGCCAUCAGCAACUUUAUGAAUAUCCUUCUCCAGCCCAGAGUGACUCCAGAUACCGAUCAACCGACUCUCUCCAGGGCCUUGGCUUGUAUUCUUGUCCAAUUCCAGGAUCCAACGUCGAGUCAGGUGGAUCCAUGCAAUCACCCCCCGCAACCAACAACUGGCCAACAGGCGAUUUACAUCACCGAGACACACCUAGAUCGACACAAUCUACCCCCAACAUUCUCUCUGCUGAGUAUGAUCCGUUUGCACCUUUUCAUCCAGCAGUAUCAGCAGCUCCCUACAGUAAUGACAUAUACUCCUCUCAACCUGCUGAAGUCUCCAUUCUCCCUGCUUCGCCAGCACCAUCUGGUAAUACAUCCCAAAGGUCUUCCUUCUCUUCUGCACCAGCGUCAGAGAUCUUCACCCAGGCCGGAUCAACUCAUUCGUACACUCCUCGGAUCAAGAUGGAGGACCAUCCUGACUUCGUGUCGGGCCAUGAAGGCAUUAUUAUGAGCUCACCCCAACUCAGUCACAAUAUUAUCGUCACCUCGGCUAGUUCAUAUCCAGGAAGUCUCGAGACAACUUUCUACCAUGAACCAAGUGUUAUGGGAUGGCCGAAAGUAGAGUAUACCACGACCCAGGACCUCCCUUCACUCUCCUCGCUUCCUCUUCCUCCCUACGACAGACGAUCAGAGAGCUUGGAAGGGAUCUCAUCGGGACUUCAAGGUCAACGCCGUCGUCCGAGUACCAUAGCACGGACAAGACAACCACGUAAACUCACCACCAAGGAGGACGCGAACUUCCAAUGCAGUGUCAGUGGAUGUGGCAAGCUUUUUGGCAGGAGCUACAACUUCAAAGCCCACAUGGAAACGCAUGAUGCCGGUCGAGAGUACCCUUUCCCAUGUCCCAUAGAAAACUGCAGCAAGAAGUUUGUAAGGAAAACAGAUUUGCAGAGGCACCACCAGAGCGUCCACAUGAAGCAACGAAACCACCGAUGCGACUACUGUAACAGAUUCUUUGCCAGAAAAGACACCUUAAGAAGGCACAUGGAGGAUGGAUGUGCGAAGCGAUUUGAUAUUGAGACUGUGGACUUCAGACCACAGAAUUACGACAAUGGUGACCACAGCUCUAUGAGAAUUGCAUCUCGCGCUUCGGAGAACCAGUCGAGACAGCCGUCGUACAGCUCUUCAAGCCAUUACACCCCACCACCUGCAAGUCACGGCACGAUUGACAGCUCUCUGGUGUCAUCCUCAGGAGCGUACUUGGAACGACAAGAAUUUAUCGCUGGAGAGGGGGGGCAGGAACCAUGGAAUGGUUGA